AUGGCUUCAGUACAAGAAUCAUCAAAUCCUUCUUCUUCUUCUCAAUCUUCAUCAUCAUCAUCAUCUUUCUUUAAAUCUUUUAAAAGAAAAUUAGUAAAACCUCAACAACAAUCUUUACAAAAACAAUCAUCUUCAUCUCAACCAGUAAAAUCAAAUACCACAAAAGAACAGUCAUCUUCUUCUUCAUCACCAUCAUCAUCAUCAUCAUCAUCUUCUUCUACAACUACUUUACAAACAACUUCUCCACAACAACAACAACAACAACAACAACAACCUAUCCAUGAUUGCUCAUUUAAAGUAGCAGUAGCUGAAGAUUAUAACUUAAAGUACCGCCAAUCUAUGGAAGAUACCCACGUUUACAUUUAUAACUUUUGUGACGUUCCUGAUGCUGGUUACUUUGCAGUUUUUGAUGGCCAUGCUGGCUCUCAAGCUUCUAAAUGGUGCUCUGAACAUAUCCAUAAUCUUAUUCGUCUAUGGAUUCUUCGUAAUGAAGGAUACCUUCCAUACCCACAACAACUUUUGACUUCACCACCACCACCACCACCACCACAACAACAACAACAACAACAACAACCAUCAUCAAAACCUUCUAAAUCUCCUGCUUCUCAGGAAAAACCUUCUUCUUCUAAAUCAAAAUGGUUUAAAAAAUCAGAAUCUCCAAAUACUCUAAAACCACCUUCCUCCAUCUUUAAAACAGGCCCUUCUCCUACUGCUUCAAACUCUUCUCGUCCAAGAUCUACUUCAAUCUCCAUUGCAUCUCUUUCUUCUUCUUCUUCAAAAUCUUCUUCUUCAAAUUCAUCACUAGUAUCCCAUUUAGCUGUUAAAGAAAAUCAGUACCCAAAUAUCCCCCCACACCAAUCUAUCCCAAGAGCAUUUAAUGCCGCCUUUUUAGAAGCUGACUCUCGCAUGGAAAAAGUCGUCCCAGCAUCUACAGGAACUACAGUCGCCAUGGCUGUUAUUCGCUGGGAAACUCCAGAUAAACCUGAAGAAGCUACAGAAACUUCAGAAACUUCAGAAACUCCUGAAAUUGCAGAAAUUACAGAAAUUACAGAAAUUACAGAAAACCCUGAAGAAAAUAUUACUGACGACUCUACCAACACAAACCUCUCAGAAACUAAAGAAGAAACUAAAGAAGAAACCAAAACUCACUCUAAUUUACCACCACCGGAACAAACAAUCCCGGAACAAACAAUCCCGGAUCAACAACCAUCGGAACUUACCCCCUUGCAAUCUCCCGAAAAUCCUUCCGACUCAAAUACCCCCGACCAACUAACUCCCCUUACAGCCACUACAGCCACUACAGCUACAGCAGCUACUGCAGCAACUGCCACCUCGCUGCCCCUCUCCAAGGUGGCCACAAAUAAGUCUGUAAUUUCACGCAAAUCUUUUAACCAUUCGGUAUCUCCAAGCUCCCGCAAUCGUGUUCUCUACACUGCCAAUGUCGGUGAUUCGCGGAUUGUACUAUGCCGAGGCGGCCGUGCGUUUCGUCUUUCGUAUGACCAUAAGGGUUCCGAUGCAGUAGAGGCUGCUCGUAUCACGGCCGCAGGCGGCCUCAUGAUUGCUAACCGUGUUAAUGGAAUGCUGGCAGUCACUCGUGCUCUUGGUGACCGUUAUAUGAAAUCAUUGGUUUCUGGAAGCCCCUAUACUACUAGAACUGUACUGGGCCCUACAGAUGAAUUUAUCAUUGUGGCAUGCGACGGGCUUUGGGAUGUAUGUACAGACCAACAGGCUGUAGACUUGGCCCGUGAUAUUAUGGACCCAAAGGAAGCUGCUCGUACUUUGGUCCGUCACGCCAUUGAAGCAUACUCUUCAGAUAAUGUGACGUGCAUGGUUAUUCGUUUGGACCCCACCGUUUGCGAGGCUUCUUCCUGUAAGGAGUAA